GCCAUCAGCCCCGAACUUUGGUUGUUAUUAAAGGGCCGCUGCAAUAAUGGCAUAAUAAAAAAGGUAAAAAAUAUAUCGCCCAAAAAAAACCUACAUUUGGUGACAUAUGAAGCAAUGCUUAGCAAGAACGCACUUUUUGCUGUUAUUGCUAUUGAGAAUUUUAUUUCUAUCCAUGCCACUGCUGCUUACAGGAAAAAAAUACAGUGAGUGAGAAAUAGACAGGAAUUCCCCUAUCCCAGACAACAUAGAUAUGUACAUAUAGCUUAUCUACAGCGCACACCACCCGAGACGAAGUGGAAUUGGUGCUGGCUGCCGACGUGUGUAUUAUUGUUUUAAUAGUCACUAAGUAAACAUUGCAGCAAUGAGUUGAUUAAAUGAUUUAAAGUUAGGCUACUCCCUGUGUUUUAUUAACGUAGAAAGAACGUAGAUUGUCUUCAGUUCGGUAAAAUGAAACUUUGCUGAUUGGUCGCUACAGGAAGUGCGUUAAGCACCGGAGGCAGUGUAAUUACGGGGUAAUUUAAACGCUCAGAAUCUGUGGUCGAAAUCUGACAGAUAUAAAAAACACAAUGGACAAUGCUAACAAGUAAGAAGGCAGUGAAGGCACUUGCCUUGUUUAGUAUAAAAUAUAUCCAUCUCCAUUGCAGUCUUUUUUUUUGGGGGGGGGGUUAUCUGCAGAAAAGUGCAGAAAAGCCAGGCCUAUGUCCCAGAUCUGCAUGUUGUUUUUUCAUCAUCCAGCCUGGCAAUAUAUUUGUUUUUUUUUCUUCUAAACCGACGAAGUUCUGCGAUAUGUCUACAAAGCGGCCGGUGCGGAACAUGGUUGUGCUGAGACGCCAAAUGGCCUAAUCUUCAUGUCGAGGUUAGUCCCCCGUAAGGGACGGCUCACGCCCCGCAGAGGGAGCCCAAAGGGAGGAGCGCACCGCCGGCCACGCCGCCAGCUUGCACCGUCAGGUGCCUCUGCAACUCUCUUCUGCAAUAGCUGCCUUUCGCUUCCUCUCGGGGGAAUGCGCUCCCAUAAGGAGCUAAAGGGUACACCUUCAGCUGGAAUAUCUGAAUAUUUCCAGGUAUAUUUCACAGCUAGAUCACGCCCGUUCCACGCCCAAAUAACAGCCCAGUGACUUGACCUGACUUGUUCUUCUGGUCCGGUUAUUUUGUGCCGUACUCUGCCGCCGUAGUGCUACCAAGAGCGGCUGGAAGGGAGGGUUUUCUUCGCGAUGAAGGAAAGGCUGUUUCCUUAUUCUCUGCCGGGAAACAUGCACAGCGAGCGGCGGCUGUAAAGUCGCCAUGUGCUCCGACUUGUGAGGGAGGAAGAGGAGCGGAGAUGAAGAAAAACUCGAGCGCUAUCCCGCUGAUCCAAGUCACCGAGGCGGAUCGGAGCACCGAUGGAAAUGUCCUCAGCAUCCCAGUGCCAAUACGGCGGGGGGGUUCAGAGACUAACCUGGACCUGGACUCCACCGAUGGGACGGGCCUGGGGCUGGACUUUCACAAAGGCCGUCUGGACAUUGACAACCUGCAGCAGAAGAUCCUGAAGGUGACGGAGCAGAUCAAGAUCGAACAGACGGCCCGCGAGGACAAUGUGGCCGAGUAUCUGAAGCUGAUCGGCAAUGCCGACAAGCAGCAGCUGUCGCGCAUCAAGCAGGUCUUCGAAAAGAAGAACCAGAAGUCUGCGCAGACCAUUGCUCAGCUGCAGAAGAAGCUGGAACAGUACCACAAAAAGAUGAGGGACAAUGAGGUGAAUGGCUCCUCCAAGCAUAGUGCAUCCAAGGAGUCGUCCAAAGAAACGUCUAAGGAACCGAAGGAGAUCUUCAAGGACAGCUUGAAGGACAGUCUGAAGGAUGUGAGUGGCAGUGGGAGACACCCUUCUGUGGAUAAGGUGAAGACCAUUGGCCCCGGCGUCUCGCUCUCCCCACCCUUCUUCUUCAACAAGUCGCGGGAAUUCGCCAACCUGAUCCGCAACAAGUUCGGCAGUGCGGACAACAUCGCUCACCUCAAGAGCACCAUGGACACCUCACCCUCCUUUCACCAGGAAGUCAGCGGGCGUUCUCUGAGUGGCAGCGCCACCAUCGUGGCCAAGCCCAAGUACCCCAGCGACGACGAGUGCUCCUCGGGCACGUCUGUGUCCGCUGACAGCAACGGAAACCCAACCCCUGGCCCGGAUGACUCUGGAUCACUUGAGGCCCAGAGCAAGCUGACUCUGAUCCUAGAGGAUGUGAGGGAUAUCCGUGAUGCUCAGAACAACCUAGGCAAAGGCAUGGAGAGCCUGAAGGAGCAGUUUAAGAGAGACUAUGACUAUGUCGUGCAGACACUGCAGGAGGAGCGAUACAGGUUUGAGAGGCUGGAGUGCCAGCUGAAUGACCUGACUGAACUCCACCAGCACGAAACCAGCAACCUGAAGCAGGAGCUGGCUAGCAUCGAGGAGAAGGUGGCUUACCAGGCCUACGAGAGGGCGAGGGACAUCCAGGAGGUGCUGGAGUCCUGCCAGACACGCAUCUCCAAGCUGGAGCUGCAACAGCAGCAGCAGCAGCAGACGGUGCAGCUGGAGAACGCGGACGCCAAGGUGCUGCUGGGGAAAUGCAUCAACAUCAUGCUGGCGCUGGUUACCAUGGUGCUGGUGUGCGUCUCCACCGUGGCCAAGUUCACGGCCCCCCUGACACGCAGCCGGCUGCACCUCGUGGGCACCUUCUUCGCUGUGUCGCUGCUGGCGCUCUUUUGGAAGAACUGGGAGCACUUGCAGUGUGCCUUCGAGCGCAUGCUGCUGCCCAGCUGAUCGGAGGGGCGGAGCCACCUGGGGGAAUGUCAGGGGAUUGGCCGAGAAACCAUCUCCCAUAUCGUGGGGAUUGGUCAAGAUUUUUUUCUCAUUUCCUUCACUCGAACCUUGGUCUCCUUCCCCAGAAAGAUCCAUAGUCUCUUUGGAAUUCUUUGGGCUUGUGCACCCAGCAGAACAUUCCGUGGUUUGCAGGAUGAAAAACUAGUGAUGCUCUUGUGUUUAGACGUUGACUGUUCAUUCGUUGGAUGGGAAGACUGGACUUUUCACCUCACUGUACCUGUGUGUGUAACAUAUGUCUCUCAGCCUGUCUUGCCAUACUCACUUGUGUAGAUUUCACUGUGCAGCAAACUCAUCAAUUUUAAUUUUUCAGAUCAUACACUGUUGUAUUGGAUUAAGAAGUGCAAUAUUUGUGUUUGAGUGGCAAUGGUAUAACGUGUGUGCGCAUAUGACAGUUACUUAACGUGAUUAAGAACCAUGGCGGAGAAUCCUGCCAGGGUCACAUCAGCUCUGUAUAAGAACUACAUUCCCCAAGAAACGAGGAAUACAUUUCCACACACUGCAGCAGAUGAGCACCACUGCAGCAAAUGUGCACUCAUUGCUUUUGUUGGAAGGAAAAUGAACAUUGGCCACUACUGGAGUGUAACAGAGGUUUUCAAAGGAAUUGAAGAUGGUUGACUUUCUGUGAGGGGGGUUAAAGGUCGUUGACUUUUUGUGAGGGGGUUAAAGGUCGUUGACUUUUUGUGGGCGGUGGCUGUAUGGCCUGGAUCCUGUGGAUUUAAUUUGAUACCCUUAUAUUUUAUAGGUUAACAAAUUAGUUGUGUUCCUAGAAGUUCGCACUGUUCUUAGACACAACUGAAUCCUACAUUUUUUGUUCUGCAAUGUUUCCUUCCUCACCUGUGGGUGGAAAACUUUUAACAGCUAGCUUUAGAACCUCAGUGACUUGGUGGCAUUACACUGUGUUUCCAUAGGAGGGCGCCACUGAGGUGGUCACAGCUGCUGUCGGUACCUAGGGCUCUGGUGGGGUGUCAAGGCUGACCAAACUGUCAGUUGGGGUUUAGAAUGGUUUAGAGAUUCGUCAUCAAUUUGUACAUAAAAAAAAAUUUCAAGUUGAACAUUAAAAGUUAAACACAUUGAUGCUGUUUUCAGUAUCUAUUGUGGAUAUUCUGAGAAUGUGGAUUUGUUCCAGAUUUUGGAAAACCAGUUCAGAUGUAUAUUUUUGGAAAUGUUUGUUUAGAGACUGAGCAGGACAGUGAGUCUGUGUAUAUUUAAAUAGACUUUGACCCGUAUGAUGGAGGCCUUUGAAUGUCACCAAGGUCGCAGCUGUAACGUUACCGUGACGUCAGUUUCAGAGGAUGGAAACACACUAAAUAAGUACACUAACUCUAUUGAAUUUACUGCCUAUUCUUGUUGUCGAGUCCAUCAGCCGCAGUAAAUACCAAACCGAAUCUAUUUUUAUAGGCAUGAUCCUCACGGCGUUUGAAGCUACGAAUUGCGUGGCCUUAUUGAGGCGCUGCGCCGUCACUUGGCUUCUGUCGCAUGCUGCUCGCACUCAGCUGGCUGUCCUGCGCAGGAUCCACCCGCCGGCAGUGAUGAAGCUUAUGAGCAUGCACACUUGUCCGUCGGGGUUAAAAUGAAGACAUAAAAUCGCAGCUGAAAGGGAAGCGGUGGUUUGCGUGGUUGGUAUUCCAGUCGUGCUUCAUGCUGCCACCAGAUUAACUUCGCUCCUGCUUCUCUGCCUACUUUAUCUUCAGUGUUUUAGGUCUUUAUCCCGCGUCUCUUAAAGCGGAGAAAAGAGAAACUCACCUGCAUCCUGUAGGGACAGCAGCUUAAUGCAUUGAGGAAAUUAUUGUGAGUUUCAGUCGCCUUGUCCCUACAGUUUGUCAUUUGUUUAAUUCCCCCAAAGCCAAAAGCUGUGAAUACUGUGCCCCCCCGGUGGCUGAGUGCACACCCCCCCUCCCCAUUCCACAUGCUCACCUCCAUGUCGCAUCACUGUGACCUCUUGCUCUUACUUGGCUCAAAGCAUUGUGGGAUAUUUCAGGUCAGCGACAGACCGGUCCUUAACAAGCGCCGUUCCCACUGUGCUGGGUCUCCACAACACCAUGGAGGUCCAUUGAUAGUGUUCUCCAUUGAUGGGCAGACUGGUCUGUCCUGGCCGGACUGGUAAUCUGUGACAUCAAUAGCCACAGCUUUGAUUUAGCAACCUUGUGAUGGUGUAUGACAGUAACAGCAUAUAAACAUUAGAGGAGGACUUUACACAGACUUGGGUUCACUUUUUACACCCUAUGGUUUCUUCUUUUGUAAUGUAUUUUUUAUGGUAGACAUUUGGGUCAUGUUUGGUGUGGCCCACUUAAUAUCGUUCUAUGGUAAUUUAUCACCUGAUCUUCUGGAAAAUACUUUGUAUGACACUGGAGAACCACUUGGUCGGUUUCUGAAAUACUUUUUUAAUAAAUAAAAUCUCUUUGUUUUUUAA